UGCUGGUAAAGUGAAAACAAAAACAAAAACGCACAUUAAACAAAAAUGUUUGCAGGAUCUUAAGCUACAGUUUUUUUCCAGACAAUACGAAACAUGCAUUUUGUUGAACACACGUUAUUUGAACUUUAUUUCGGAUGUGAUUUAAUCUUUGCCCAGCACUACUCAAAAGGUUUACUAUUUUUAACCUGAUCCAGCAUGGAGUUUAACUUUGCACUUUGUAACUGUUCUUCUGAAUUUAAUACACAUUUGUUAACCUAGCCGUCGAGUGAAAAAUGAAACAUCCAAAAUGCGUUUGUAAUUCUGAAGUAAACACUUUGAUUAAUGGAGAAAGUUCAGAAAUAUAUGAGUAAUUAAGUUCAUAUAAGCACUGACUUUUGAUAACUUUUUAAAAAGGAAAAGGGUGGAUCCUGAAACUUACAUUUUUGGAGAUGGAUGGUGGACUCCUGGUGGAGUAGUGUUACUUAAGUCUAAGUGAGCUUAAAAGAAAGAGCAAUGCAGCACCUAAAGCGUUCCCAAGGUCUUGCUCAGGUCUUCCUUAUCAGGAGCCAAAGUUCCAGACUUUCAAAGAGCGUCGUCCCAUCACUGUCCGCGUGGGGUGGUCCUGUCUCUUGUCGCUGGAGGAGCACUGGAGGACAUGGAGGACAGAAAUACAUUAAAGACAGGCUGCCAAAGUUUAGAUUGGCUCUGGCGGGGCUGCUGGCAGGUACUGGAGCUGUUUUAGCCUAUAAGCUCCACCAAGACAAGGUUCAGUGGGCUGCUACCUCAGCACAGUUUCAGGUGACGCAGACUUCAGAUCUUCCUGUUUACACCCUAGAAGAAGUCACAAAGCACUGUUCCCUUGACAGUGGCGUGUGGGUCACCUAUAAAGGAGGAGUCUACGAUAUCACUGAAUUUGUGGCCAUUCACCCUGGUGGCGACAAAAUACUUCUGGCUGCAGGUGGAGCUCUGGAACCGUACUGGGCAUUAUACGCCGUCCAUCAGCAAGACCAUAUUCUAGAAAUCCUCUCGGAGUAUAAAAUUGGUGUUCUUAAUCCAGAGAGUUUCAAGAAGCAAGAGAGUGCCAACCCAUCGGACCCUUACUCUUCUGAGCCGACACGGCACCCUGCUCUUCAGAUCAACAGCCUGAAACCUUUCAACGCCGAACCACCUGCAUCUAUACUUUCUGAUAGCUACAUCACCCCUUCAGUCAUAUUUUUUAAGCGUAAUCAUCUUCCAGUGCCCAGGGUGGAUCCUGAAGCUUACAGGUUGGAGAUCGAGGGUCUCCCUGGUGGAGUAGUAUCACUUAGCCUAAGUGAGCUAAAGUCUCAUUUUCCUAAGCACACCGUUACAGCGACGCUUCAGUGCGCCGGGAACCGUCGGUCGGAAAUGAACAAAGUCAAGCAAGUCAAAGGACUCAAUUGGGGCAUCGCCGCAAUAAGCAACGCUACUUGGUCAGGUGCACGUCUGCGGGAUGUCCUGCUGUCCUAUGGCUUUGGACCAGAGGUUGCAGAAAAGGCUCGACACGUCCAGUUUGAAGGGUUAGACAGGGAUGUGACGGGAACAGCAUACGGCGCAUCUAUUCCACUGAACAAGGCUCUGAGCGAAGAAGGUGAUGUUCUCCUCGCGUACGAGAUGAACGGCGAGGACCUCCCUCCCGACCAUGGCUACCCUGUCCGUGUGGUUGUACCUGGAGUUGUUGGAGCACGCAAUGUCAAAUGGUUGGGGAAGAUCAUUGUCAGUGAUGAAGAAAGCAAGAGCCACUGGCAGCAGAAUGAUUAUAAAGGCUUUUCUCCAGGCACUGACUGGGACACUGUGGAUUUUAAAUCUGCACCAGCCAUCCAGGAGCUGCCCAUACAGUCAGCCAUCACUCACCCAGCAGAAGGGACCUCAGUAGAGCUCAGCGAUAGGGAGCUGACCGUGAAGGGCUAUGCGUGGAGUGGAGGAGGAAGAGAGGUCGUGAGGGUGGACGUCUCGGUAGAUGGAGGGAAAACGUGGCAUGUAGCCAAGCUUUGCACCGGUGAUCAAGGACAGCACCCUGCUCCUCCUCCUCCACCUGGAAGAGCCUGGGCUUGGAAGCUGUGGGAGAUAGACGUCCCAAUUCCUCCAAGGGCUCAGGAGAUGGAGAUUGUGUGCAAAGCAGUGGACAGCAGUUACAACACACAGCCAGACACUGUCGCUCCAAUCUGGAACUUAAGAGGAGUGCUUAGUAACGCGUGGCAUCGAGUGAAGGUAAAAGUGAAGUAAGGGUUUCAGAGACCAAAAAUCUACUUUGUGCAUGAAAUGCAUAUCAACAAAACUGCUGGAUUUCUCUUCGGUGCAGGUUGGGUUGUAGCUUUGCAACUGUUUUGAGAUUGAAGGUGCUUGAAAUGAUCUUGAUUUUGUUGCAUAACUGGCUUGAUGGAUAAUUCCUGGUGCUCAAGACCAGGACGCCUGGUCAAAACUGACUGUACCAAACAAGAUUAUCUUUCAGCAUUCAAAAAAAUCCAUUAUGCAAAUAAAUUUCACGACCUAAUAUAAAAAAUGAUUCUCUAGUGCUUCUUAAGAUAAGGACAAUUAAGUGAUAUUUUGGGAUCCCAUGAAUAUGAACAAGGAAUAAUUUUAUUAUGUUAAACGGAAGUAAACUUUUCCACUUGGGUUGCUGUUGUGAAAUCUUAACGUGAACCACUUGUUUCAUAAUUGUAUUCUUAACAUCACGUUCAGUGAUGAAGGCUUGCACUUCAACUAACAACUGAUUGUUACAUAAACUACCUGCUAAUAAGUCUAAGAAUUGCAUUAUAUAUAUAUACUUUAUGCUUUUAUCUGCUGACAAGCUUCAUGGAGAUGCUGUUUUUCUUUUCAAGCAGGACUUUAGCAUCUGCCCAGAGACGAGACCACUUUAGAGUGGCUUGCUGACCAUUAUAUUACAGUGUUUUUGAUUUACCAGCUAACGUGUCCGACCUGAAGCCCAUAUGGAAUCUAUAGGAUAUUUUCAAUAGAAAGAUGAUAAACAGUCAAACCAACAAUACAGACGAGCUGAAGCUCAAUAGUAUCUUCACAGAGCCACACACUUCCAUUCACUCCUCACUGAUGCUGAAGGACCAAACAACCAAGUACCGAGUGCAUAAAAGAACAUACUUUACUUUAAAGAACUUUUCUGUUUUGCAAAUCUAGAAUAUAUGAAAGAUUCACUUGUUUAAAUAAGUUACAAAAAACACGCUAUUUAUCUAAACACUAUUUAUCUAAAUUUUGAGAUGCACCUGUAUGUAUAUGUGUGUAUGUUUUUAUAUUAAAAUUAGUGAGCCCCCUGAGCCUGUAUAAUAAUUUACAAAUUAAGCUUCUCUGAAGUUUGUUUAAUGACAUACUUAAGGUGAUCAUAAUGUAAUGUGAUGUCAAUAUUUAAUGAUUUAGAUUUUUUUUCCCUUUAUGCAGCUUUGUUUUGUUUAUUUAGUCCCUGUAUUAACAUUGUUGUUCUCUAUAUUGCUUGCUGGUAUCACGGCGCAAAUUCAUAUUAAAACAAAUUAAGAUUAUUACUAUGACACAUACAUAAAAUUUCAGUUCUGAACAUGUCUAGACCCUGGACCGUAUUUUAUUACUAUAUCAAGUACUUAUACUUUUUUAUAUCAUCACAAGCUGUUUUUUUAUUUUUUUAUGCAUAAUAAAAAUUUAUUUUAUUUAAAAACUAUAAUGAAUUAUUUAAAUUUUAGAAUGAAAGGAAAAAGAAAGUGGGCUGUUGUGGUUUAUAAUAGAAACUAACAUUAUUGGAGUAUACUGGACUACAGUGAGUGCCUUAUAAAAAAUAUUUUCAUAUUAUAUAAACAUAAAAUUGUUUUACAGUCACUUUUUUAAUGUUAGUAAAAUAUUUGAAUGUUAAUUUUUUUUAACAAUUUAAACAUUAUUGUUCAGAAGCUGUUGUAAAUGCAAUCAUUUAUAUAUCAGUUCGUAUUCAUAUUUUGUCAAUUGCUGCUUAGAAAUAAAUACUCAAAUGUGUGAUGA